GUGGGCUCUAAAGAAAACAGACGCAUGAGUAAAGGAAUAGAGGGCUACUCCUCUCCUCCUCUCCUCCCUUCCCACUUUUUCUCCUCCAUUCACCGAGCUGAGAGAACACUCCCCAGGCUGGACCUCCAGACAGCACCUCUCUCUGUCCACCACAGCACACAACAAAAGAAACACCAUUGUUUCACCUUCGUUUGGGGGCAACUGUCUGUGUUUCCCUAGAUACAAAGAUUGCCGUCUUCCUAUGUUACAAUGAGGCUUUGUUGGGCGUGAACUUCCACAGAACCAGGAGCCGGGUACAUCAGAACGCCGAAGAAGACUUAGGUCCAUUUUCCGAGCGACCCUGUCGGGGUUUUGGACAGACUGGUUUCAGGGUGCGGUUGCUCCGCCAGAGAUGGGCUCAGAUGUGCGUGAUCUCAAUGCCCUGCUGCCCCCGGUGCCAUCCUUGCCAGGGGGGAACGGGAAUUGUACCCUGCCCGUCAGCAGUGCUCCUCAGUGGGGCCCCGUACUGGACUUCCACACUGGCACCCCCUACAGCUCGCUGGCACCCCACCCCUUCAUCAAGCAGGAACCCAGCUGGAGCUCUGGAGACCCCCAUGAGGACCCCCACUGCGGCCUGAGCGCCUUCACUGUGCACUUCUCCGGCCAGUUCACUGGCACAGGGGCCUGCAGGUACGGGGCCUUCGGGGCUCCCCCUCCACCCAGCCAGCCCCCACCAAGCCAGCCAAGGAUGUUCAGCAAUGCACCCUACCUGACCAACUGUAUGGACACCCAGCCCCCCUCCAGGAACCAGGGUUACAGUGCUUUCGAUGGUACCACUAAUUACGGUCACACUCCCGCACACCACUCCUCCCAGUUCCCCAACCACUCCUUUAAACAUGAAGACUCCCUCACUCAGCAGACCAGUAUGGGUGAGCAGCAGUAUCCUGUCCCUCCACCCGUGUAUGGAUGUCACACCCCAUCAGACAGCUGUGCAGGCAGCCAAGCACUACUGCUAAGGAAUCCUUACAACAGCGGUGACCAUUUAUAUCAAAUGGCAUCUCAGCCGGAAUGUACGGCACAGAACCCUGUUAACACGCUGGAUUCCACCAUUACUAGCCAUGCUACGGGCUAUGAGAGUGACCCCAGCAAUCCCAUGGUGUAUAGCUGCAGCACCCAGUACCGCAUCCACACCCACGGAGUAUUCAGAGGCAUACAGGAUGUCCGACGGGUGCCAGGUAUCGUCCCUGCCAUUGUUCGCUCAGAGACCAGUGAGAAGAGGCCGUUCAUGUGCACAUAUCCUGGCUGCAACAAACGAUACUUCAAGCUGUCCCACCUGCAGAUGCACAGCAGAAAACACACAGGCGAGAAGCCCUACCAGUGUGACUUCACCGACUGUGGACGAAGGUUCUCCAGGUCCGACCAGCUGAAGAGACACCAGCGAAGACACACAGGGGUUAAACCGUUCCAGUGCGAGACGUGUCAGAGAAAGUUCUCACGGUCUGACCACCUUAAGACCCACACCCGGACUCAUACAGGUAAAACAAGUGAGAAGCCUUUCAACUGCAGAUGGCCCAACUGUCAGAAGAAGUUUGCCAGGUCCGAUGAGCUGGUUCGUCACCACAACAUGCACCAGAGGAACCUGACCAAGCUCCAGCUGGCCAUCUGAGCCAGAACUUAGCCAGCCUCACUGCUCUCAAACAUCCUCCCUACAUGAGACUGAAUCCCCCAACUCGCACGGGGGAGCAGCAGCAGAGCAGGAGGCCGACAACAUUGUUCAUCUGCAUGUUACUGUACAGCCUACCAACGGACAGUUCUCCAAACAGUGCCACCUAGGGACAGUCCUCUGUUCAUACACUCUGAUUCAGAGGGUUAUUUUAGUAAGAUAUAUUUAAUGAGGAAACCAAACAGUUUCUAUCGCUUGUCAGUGUUCUAUAGAUGUGUAUAACUUUUGUGCCCAUUUCUCAGUUGAAGUAUUACAGACUAAUUUAUUUGAUCAUACUUUUGUGAAUUAAAAUCUUUCACUGGAAUGAUUUCUGGAAAGGGGGAUUUCUGGAAAGGGGGACUUUGGUCUGACAGUAUCUUCAUCAUCGCUAUUGUUCAGUCCACAUCCCUGUGUUUUUGAUUUGAUCUGCACCGGGUAGUUGAAACAUAAAACUACACUAUGUCCGCUUUUGUCUGUGAUGUUGUCUGUAAAUAUUGUUUCACUUUGACAGUGGAUUUUGGGGCUGUGAGUUUAAACAAAUAUGUAUCGGGCACACUGGCUAUGUGGCCAAGAAGUUGUCAUAUUAAAUGAUGUAAAUAAUCAGACUGGACCAUGGAUUGCAUUCAUAUUCUUGCCAUGGAAAAUGUGACUUAAGUAUUAUAGUUUAGACUAGACCUACUUCGAUAGAUCCAGGAAAUGCUUUUUUAAGUGUGUAUUUCAUAAGUCAUAAAACAGUUAUCUGUUUUUUUUCUCUGAAGUGUAUUAUAAAUACAUUGCAGUCUGUUCCCAUCUGUUGAAACUGUAUUGUUCUUACUGUUUUUAUACAGUAUAUAUACUGAUUCUGUUGUUGUUGUUGUUAUUUUUUCCCAUUGCGUUCUGUAUUAAAGCCCCCUCGGAGUCUGCAAACUGCCUGGGCAGCUGUGUUGGCUCAGGGGCCAGUGUUGAGUUACUUUUGCCUUCACUAACAGGGCUGAUCAACCGCGCUCCUGAGACCCACUGACCAGAGCGUAACCUGACCAGGUCAUGACCCCUUGUAAGUCACCUGACACAAGUUACCAGAGGAGGCUUAUACUGGCCCGGUCUCCGAAUAAAAAUAGCUAUGAUAACAAAAUACAACUCUUGACUGUAGCUAACAUCCGCUGCUUUCUUUAUCUCUGAGCAGAUUCUUUUCAAAUUCCUUGACUUCUGAGUGAAACAGGAGACGCAGAUAAAAAAUAAACGUGUUUUCUCUCAAA